ACACCAUGCAUACCCAUACAGACAUUUGCAUGAGGAUGUACUAAGUGAAUGUACUGGACGGUAAGCGUAAUCACAUUUUGUGCACUGUAAAUGUACUUGGACAGCUUAGAUCUCUGACUGAGACUGCAGUGUGUGGUACAUAGACAGACAUUGUCAGUGAAUUGCUGAUAAAAAGAGAGAGAGAUAGAAUAAAGAGAGAAGGAGUGAGGGAUGGCGUGCAAUGGGGGGUAUGGAUGUCCAGUUUUCAGCAACCUCUUGACGGUCCGUGAGAAUGCUUUGCUCUUCACUCUCCUGGGAGCCAAGUGUAAGGCAGUGGUCUCAGCAGUAGCCCAGGUGUAUGUGUCCUUCCCUGGGCAUCAGGUGUGGAGGCAUGAGGGCUCUGGGGUAGUGUGUCUGGUCGAAGACAGCUCACAACACUCCUACUUCCUGCGUGUGUACUGCGUCAAGAGAUCUAAGUUGCUGUGGGAACAGGAGCUGUAUGUUCCUUUUCGAUACUCUGCACCCCACCCCUACUUCCACACCUUCCCUGCAAAUGACUGCCAGGCGGGCCUGAACUUUGCAGAUGAGGCAGAGGCAGAGAGGUUCUGUGCAGCCGUGGAGAGACAGAUCCAACAAGCCCCAGACAGAGCUAGUGGGCAGAUGAACCAUACUGGCAGUGUGGACUUCUCCUCAGGCUGUAUCUGUGAACAGGAACAGAGCCGAUCUGAGAUCAGCACUCCAUCUCCAUAUGCGUCAGAACAGGAGUCCCAGACUAGAGAGCUGGACCCUGCUCUGAGGAAGCUGGUCAGGAUGGAGAGACAAAAUGAGGAGGAUGUGACGGACAGACACACAUCUAAAGUAAUCUGCAGCCUCAUCUACAGUCUGGGGGGUGUGGAGGCUGACAGCAGGGACAUGAACAACAGAGGUCCAGCCUCUAAGACCUUACCCAACAGAGCUACAGGGACCUCCACCUCCCUGGCCCUGAGGAAGGGGCCUCUGCCUCCUCUCCCGUCCCCCCUCACACGGAGUGUCAGCUCUCGAGAUGUCUCCAAGAGCCCUCUCCCACCCUGGGUCCCCCAACCUCCCUCUAUGCCCGCCCCCCCUCCACCUGCAGGGGCACUCGCUGAGAGGAUCAGAAAGACCAUGAGCUUCAGACCGGUGGGCUCACCCUCUGCUGUAGAGUCUGACCUGGUCCUGAGUGCACUGAGGGAGAUAUUCCAGAAACGCCAAUACCUCCAGCAUCAUAAAGAUGACACCACAAGCCAGUCAGAGAUGGAUUCUUACAGCGGGCAGUGGCUGUAGAGAUAACAGGGUGAGAGGAGAAAUAUCCCCCUGCUUUCACAAGCAUGUUGUUUCUCAAGCGUGUUGUUAUUUGAAGUCUUCACUUUUGUCUUUCAUUUUGAAUUAAUUCACUGUUAAAUAAUGAUGCAUAAUUGAAAAAAAUGUUUUAGUGAAGAAUACGAUGCUCAAUCAAGCCCUUUCUAAAAUAAAAUCUGUAAAAUCCUU